AUGGUUGCCGUCAACGUCCCUCUCCAUUGGCUUCGUCCAGACACCAUUUGCCAACGCUAUCGCCUCCAGAACUACGCCAUCUUGAACGAUCCCAGUCGCACUCUGGAUGAGAGCCAGCCCGUUCUUCGAGAAUCCUCCAGCUCGGAAUGCUAUUUCGGAAACCUGACUUUUGGAAGCCUGGCCAGACCAGCUGGUCCUGGACCGAUUGCAUGGAAAGAUCUUCCAGAGCUCUCGAGAGACAUUAUCGCCUUCUGUAACGCCCGCGAGCUCUGCGAGCAACGCAUGCCGAAUACCUCCGAAUCGAUGGAUCUCGUCCGAGAGUUUGUAGACUUAUCGUUCGGCCGAGAGCCAGCACAUUUGGUCCUGGCGGUCAACAACGAUGAUCAUGUCUGGCCCCACGCGUUUGUCGCCCUGCCCACGCCCACCCACCCCACGCACUCCAACUCUACCUUCCGGAUCGGCCUCGAAGCCUCCUCCGGUCUCGCCACUUUCGCCAUCGACAUCACCAUCGACAUCACCAUCGACAUCACCAUCGACAUCACCAUCAAGAGAACUUUCUCCGUACUCCACAUCGAGGACCACGAGACCCGCUACGCCACGACUAUCAAUGAAAAAUUGCAUCAUCAGGUCAUCCACCUCAUCGACCAAAUCCGCAGUUUUCGCGACCACGAUAUCAGCCGUCUGCACACCAUCAUAUCGGAACUCGAGGUACAGACCGAGGGCAACAGUCCACAAGGGCUGUUUUUGCAUCUCAAGAACCAUACCCUGCCACGCCUCCACCGCAUGUACGAAGAUGUCAUCCACGCGCGGUCCGCCACGACCAUCGACCAGGAAGUCGACGACCUCGUCGACAAAAUCCGCAGUUUUCGCGACCACGACGCCAGCCGUCUGAACGCCAUCAUAUCGGAACUCAACGUACAGAGCGAGGGCAACACUCUACAAGGGCUGACUUUGUAUGUCAAAAACCAUACUCUACCACGCCUGCACCGCAUGUAUGAAGACGUCGUCCACGAGAUCUUGCAGGCCCUGCUCCAGCAUGAACAAGAACUGGUCGACCGCCAGUGCGACACAGCGUCCCUGAUCGAAGAGAUCCGCCGCCAAACGACUUCGACGACGAAUCCGAACAGUCUGCAUCGGAGGCAUGAGCGGCUGGAAGCGGGACACGAGUAUUUGAGUCAGUCGUUGGCGAAUCUCGUGACGCACGAUUCGGAGGAGGAGACGUUUCGAGAGCCUCCAAUGUCCGUCCUCAAGCUCGUUCACCAUGCCCGGCAGGGCCAUGACGGAGACUCAUCCAGACACGAAGAGGUCGACCACGAGUCUGCUUCGCGAUUCGGAAGGAAGGCGACGAUGGAGGGUGUGGCCGCGACACGAGAAGAUGAAGUGUUCUCGUCGCCGAGAAGCGAGGCUUGCGUGGUGCUGGCGGGCAGGUCGGCGUUGAUGACAUGGUUGGUGGAGUUGACUUCUGGGAGGAAACCACCUCGGAGUGUCGAACGAGACCAUGGACCGUCAAAGCGCGGAAUCGCCACAAGGACGGAUGGGGUCGACGGUGAUUGCAAUGGUGAUGAUGGCAAUUCUGUCAACACACGCGAGCGCGACGUGACGGAGCGUGUCGCCGCAACGAUGCAGCGAUAUGCACCACCACCUCGUCGUCGACAGUUCGACAACGCAUACAUCAGCAUCGUCGUCGUCGUCGUCUCCCAUCGAUUGAGAAUGUCGUCUCUUACCACAUCGGCCGAUUCGGAGCUUAACCGGAAUUUUCAAGACGAAUCGUUCAACUGGUGGAGCGCCAAUUUCUCCUCUCUGCCUUCGUUCGACUCUUCGUACACGCUGGACGACGACGCCUGGACGAGUCUGGUACAACAAAGCCCAAGCGCCCCGCCAUCGGAUGGACACUUCGACCAAGACCUCCCAGACGAAUCAUUCGACGACUGGUCGAGCGCAUGCCUCUCUCUGCCUUCCUCCAACUCCUCAUACACGCUGGACGACGACACCGUCUGGACGAGUCUGGUACAAAACUCGCAUCUCGUUUCCCACCUGCCAUCGUCACCACCGCCCAUGAUACGAGCGAGCACACUCCCGCCCCUCUCUCCCUUCGUCAACACUCCAUCCGGACAAAUCCAUCCGCCUUCACCGCCGCCGAUCGAAUGGACCUGCAUCAACAACAAUAACAAUCAUGGCCAUCCACCCAUUGUCCCAGCAGCAGGAGGAACCAGACCAUGUGCAUCGGAGCCCAUCAACAACACCCCGACUCUUCACAUCUCCCCCUCAGCGGAAGCUCACCAACAGCCCACCGGUGAUGGAACCCAGCAUUCUCAAUCUCCGGCGGCGGCGGCGGCUCGACAUACUCAACCACCACAAGUAUGCGAGUUUCACGUCUACACCUCAGCGAUGAUGGCGAAAGUGUACGACAAGAUGUGCCGAGGAUCGGCAAAUGGGAAUUUCGUGUUCCAGAGAGAGCUGGAUCGACUGAGGAAGAAGGCCGAGGCAGAGGGAUAUCUUACCUCUCGCGAUUUCGGAUCGCAAAUCCUCGCACCGCCGGUACCUUCUCUCGCUAUCCCGCAGACAGUGCAGUGCUUUGCCCCAAUGGCCGAUCCAGCCACCAUGCCACAACGGAUUCCUAGCAAUGUUGCACUCUCCUCCAUCUCCCCGGGUCGCCGAGAAGUCCGCGUUGAGGGUGUCGGUCUGUCAGCGCCAUGGAAGAGAUCGAAGCGAGAGGUGAUCGCGACGCUGUGUUCGCGGGAGUAG